AUGGCAAUAACAUAUGAUAAACUUUUUUUUCAAGCGUUUAACUGUUUACCAAAUCAAUCAAAAACAUUAGAAGAAUAUUCAAAAGAUGAACUUAUAAAAUUAAUUAAUAUAUUAAAAGAUGGUAUUGAUUCAUUCAAUAAGACAACUAAUAAAAAUGAAGAAAUAUUACACGAUGAAAAUAAAGAUUUUGGUUUAGGUAUUGUUGCAGAAAAUCAAAAUGAUUUACAAAUAUUUCAAGAAUUUUGCACAAAAAAUUUUGUACCUAUUUCAAAAGAAAACUGUCAUAUUUCAUCUGUAUUUAAUCAAAAUAUGAUUGAUGCUUAUCUGAAUACAGGUAUUAAUCAUUUUCGUAGUGAAUAUGCAAUGUUUAUUAUCUUAAAAAAUGUACAAUUUGAUGAAUUAUUACCAUUAACUAUUCAACAAGAAUUUACUCGAAAUAAUAAAUUAUAUAAAUAUCAAAUGCAAAUUCUUAUUCAGAAAAACGAUGAAACAAAUGAAGAACUUCUUAGUAGAAUUUGUGAUCAACUUGUUGGUGAAAUAUUUUUUAUUGAUCAUGAUGAUCAUGAAUCUAUUCCAUCAUUACCUGCUCCAAAACAACCACAAUUUGUAUCGAUUUUCCCUCAUAGUCAAAUUGCUUGUUGGCCUUUACCAGCUCGACGUGAUUUGAAUAGAUUUAAAAAGGACCUGGGUGUCACUCAUAUAUUAUCAUUACUAAAUUCGAAAGAAAUUAGUAACUCUAAAAUCUGUAAUCUUAUUGAAACACACGGUAUUAUAUCAAUACAUUUACCUAUUCAAGGUGCUGAUCUUCCUGUAUUUACAUCAUCACAAGAAACAGUUGAUAUACUUAUUGAAAAAUUACCAUUCAUUCGUGAUCUUCUCUUGAAUAGUACAGAAACAGCACCUGUUAAAAUGAUUAUUCAUUGUGCAGCUGGUUUACAUCGGACUGGUACUAUUACAUAUUUAUUACUAAGACUUUGUGGUUUUACUCGAGAAACAGCGUUAUUAAUCGUUAAUAGAACAAGAGCAAUAACAGCAAGACAAGUUGGAAAGAAAAGAAUAGAUGCAGCAGAAUAUAAUCUCAUGAAACAUAUUCCAUAA